UAGCCCGGACCAGAUCAUCAUAAACCAUUGUAAAAUCUCCCUCCACAACAAGAAAGAACAUACUGCAAAAUCAUUCCUCUGCCUGCACAAAUGAUCAAUUCCUUCAAAAACUUGUUGAAUUUCUGCAAGAAAUCACACUAUAAUUGGAACGAGGCAUCUGGGCUUUUCUCAUUUUCAACAAAGACCUCUGUUUCCCCCUCCCCAAACACUUUGUUCAAGAGAAUUUUACCAGCUGGAGACCCUCAGGUUUCCAUUGUCCCAAUUCUUGAUCAAUGGGUUCGGGAAGGCCGACCCGUUCAUCGAUCCGACCUCAAAACCAUCUUCAAAAUCCUGAGGAAAAACAGACGCUACACUCAUGCUCUUCAGUUGUCUAAGUGGAUCGUUGACAGUUCUAACCUAUCACCUGAAGAUGUUGCAGUGAGACUGGAUUUAAUAUCUAAAGUACAUGGAUUACGAGAGGCAGAGAACUACUUUUUUAAUGUCCCGGAUAGUCUGAAAACUUUUAAGGUCUAUGGUUCUCUAUUAAAUUGCUAUGCCAAGAAGAAAUUAGUGGAACAGGCUGAGGCAAUCAUGCGUGUAAUGGGAAGAUUUGGUUGUAAUAUGAAGUUAUCCUACUGUAUUAUGCUGAACCUCUACUCUAAGCUGGGAAAGCGUGAGAAAUUGGAGAAGCUUGUUCGUCAGAUGGAACAGGAAGGCAUAACUUUUGAUAAACCCGCAUACUGCAUCUUGUUGAAUGCUUAUGCUCUAAAUUCUGAUAUAGAGGCCAUGGAGAAGCUCUUGAAGAAAAUGGAAGAUGACCUUCUAGUUAAUGUGAAUUGGAAUGCUUGUGUAACAGCAGCAAAGGGAUACUUAGGAGCUAACCUCCAAGAUAAAGCUUCUGACAUGCUGAAGAAGGCAGAGAAACUUAUCAGAGGCAGCAAUAGAGGACUUGCCUACCAAAUUCUCCUUAGUAUGUAUGCCAGUUUGGGUGACAAAGAUGAAGUCACACGAAUCUGGCAUCUUUACAAGAAGAGAGGAAAUAUGACCAACAAUGGGUACUUUCACAUGAUAAGCUCUUUAAUCUGGUUGGAUGACAUUGAUGAAGCUGAAAAGAUUUUUCAGGAAUGGGAAUCUGUGAACACUUCUUAUGACUUCCGAAUUCCAAACACAUUGAUAAAUGCUUAUACUAAAAAGGGCUUGCUGCAAAGGGCUGAAGAAUUUAUAAACAGAGCUAUAAACUGUGGCAGAAAGAUUCCUGCAAGCACAUGGGAUUAUCUAGCAACUGGAUACUACAAAGAUAAUCAGAUGGAGAAGGCAGUUGAUGCAAUGAAAAAUGCCAUCUUUUCUUGGAAAGGUACUUCUUGGACUUUAAACCGCACUACGUUGACAGCAUGUCUGGAAUACUUGAGAGAAAAGGGAGAUGCAGAAAAGGAAAAGUUUGAAAGGUUACUUGCAGAUCAGGGUAUUGUUUUAGAACAAGUUUCCCGUCUACACGAGAGUCGAAGUCCUAGAACUGGUAUCUUUUUUGAACUGGAUGAGAAUGAUGAAGAAAUGGAUUCAUCGUUUUCGGGAUCAGAUUAGUGCAAAUGACGACUGAUGAGUGAUGCUCCUAGGACUGAGCUGCUCUAGCUGUUUCAAGUACAUACUUGACUACUAUUUUAAUGGAAUGCGGGUGCUCCAGAAGGAACAUCCCAUGGCAGCUCUUGAAAGGAAAUCAGCUUCGAAGCAAAGCGAGAAUUAAAAAGAAAAGUAAUAUAAAAGAAUUCUUGAAGCCUCGCUACAGAAGAAGAUAUGAUCCCAGAUUUUGCUAGCAUUGGGGUACAGUUUAGUAGUUUGAUGCAUGCACUGCAGAGAAUGGAAAAUGACGCCCUGACUACUACUUCCCUGAGGAUUACAAAACUUUUCCAUUUUAUACCAGUUUCUAGCUGCUUCUCUGA